CCUCGCUCACCCCUUUUUCAUUCAUAAACUCUUCCCCCCCCUCUCUCUCUCUCUCUCUGCGGAGAACAGUUUUCAUUUUCGUCACAAAUUUCGUUCUUAUUUGUUUGUUUUGUGCAUCAGGUUUGAAGUUGGGGCAUGGACGGAGGUAAGUACAGGAGCAUGAGUAAUGGGAAGGUUGUGAAGAAUGAGGAACAACAAUGGGGUUUUGGCAAACAAGAAACAUUUUCAAGCGAUCAAUUUCUCCAAUGGCCUGCAAGAAAAUACAGUUGUAAUUUUUGCAGGAGGGAAUUCAAAUCUGCUCAAGCGCUGGGAGGGCAUAUGAAUGUUCAUAGAAGGGACAGGGGAAGAUUGAGAUAUUGGUCUUCUUGGAUGCAUAACAAUUCAUACCCUACCCCUAGUUUCUGUUUGCCGCCUCCACCACCAUCCUGCUUCAGUUUCAGACCAAAUAUUGAGAACAGCUCCUUGACUUGCAUUGAUGGAAGUGGGGGCAAGCCCUCAUCAGGCCCUCAAGGAGAUGAAGAUGCUGAUGCUGAUGUUGAUGGGGUGAAGAAGAAGAGGAAGAAGGGUUCAGUUAAUUUGGUAGGUUGUUCAAGUGAGGAUCUGGAUUUGGAGCUACACCUUUAA